AUGGCAGAUUUUACCUACACAACUCGAAUAGUCGAUCGUAACGGAGUGUUAGCAGCGAGGCAGAGCACCGUAGUGGCGUACUGUUGCUGUGAUGGUAUGUGCUCAACCGGUUGUGAAUGCAAUAGUGGAAUCUAUGAUAGAUACGGGUUUGUUGAUGAGCUUUCACUGGAAUGGCCGUUCGUGGAGUGUAGCGCGGCAUGUACGUGCAGUCUACAGUGUGGAAAUCGAGUUGCACAAAAAGGUGCUACGAUUCCUAUAGAGGUAAGGAUUCGAGCGCUUCGAAACAUCCGACGUGGAGCUUUCAUCGGCGAAUAUACGGGAGAGCUUCUGAGUGACGCUGAAACAGCACGACCUGAACGUACUGAUACCUACUUUUUUGAAACCAGGGUGGGUGAAGAGUUGUACACGGUUGACGCACGUUUGUACGGGAAUUUCACACGAUUCAUAAAUCACAGCUGCCGACCGAAUGCUACAGUAGGCAUGGUUGUCUGGGAAGCACAACCGGAACAGCUCAGUCAUAUCUGCAUAUUUGCCACGGAAAAUAUUCAAAAAGGAAUGGAAAUUACAAUAUCGUACGGACAAUCGUGGUGGGAUGCCAAGGUGGGAAAUCUUGUAGAAUGA